CUGCGCGAUGACGUAAGGCGUGAGCGCGGGGCAGGCUGAAGCUGAAGGCGCGCGCGUGCGCUGGCGUGCGCAGGCGGCAACUGCUGGUCGCUGCGCGUGCGCAGCAACGGCCGCUGCACCGAGCUGCUGGACGAGAAGGUGACGCGCGAGGAGUGCUGCCGGUCGGCGUCGGUGGCGACGGCGUGGAGCAGCGAGGACCUGGACUCGGGCGCGCUCUUCUUCUGGCGCGUGCUGGGCGGUGGCGUGCCCUGCCGCGCCUGCAAGGAGUCGUGCGCGGGCGUGGAGUGCGGCGAGGGCCGGCGCUGCGAGGUGCGGCGAGGGCAGCCGCGCUGCGUGUGCGCGCCCGACUGUCGCGGGGGCGGCGCGGGCGGCGGCGCGGGCGGCGGCGGCGGGCGAGGCGCGCGGCGCCGCGGGCCCGUGUGCGGCUCCGACGGCCGCACCUACCGCUCGCUGUGCCGCUUGCGCAAGCGCGCCUGCCGACGCAAGACGCAGGCCCUCACCGUCGCCUACGACGGACACUGCCAAAGCUCUUGCGAGCGCCUGCGCUGCCCGGCGGGCAAGCACUGCCUGCUGGACCAGAACCUGCGGCCGCACUGCGUCAAGUGCGCGGCGCGCCGCUGCCCGCGCCGUGGCCACGCCGUGUGCGGCGCCGACGGCGUCACGUACGCGUCGUCCUGCCACCUGCGCGGCGCCGCCUGCCUCCGCGGCCGCGCCAUCCCAGAGGCCUACCGCGGGCCCUGCAAGCCGGCGGGCGCGGCAGUGUCGUGCGGGGCGGUGCGCUGCCGCGAGCGCCAGGCCUGCCUGCUGGAGCCCGCGACGGGCGCGCCGCGCUGCGUCACCUGCAGCUACCGCUGCCCCAAGGGCAGCGACCUGGGCGGCCCCAUCUGCGGCUCCAACAACCUCACUUACCCGUCCUGGUGCCACAUGCUCAAGGACGCCUGUGACACGGGCUACGUCAUCGAGACGCGCUUCGCCGGACGCUGCGACCGCCCGGCCGACGGUGAGUGCGCGCGCGCGCGGGCGAGUGGGGUUGGGGGGAAUGAGGGGGGGGCGAGGUGUUAUCCUCCCGACCGGCGCGGAAGGUGGCGGAAGCAAGGGCGGAGGGAGCGACGGCGGCGGCGGCGGCGGGGACAACGAGUGGGGCAGCGCGUGAGUGACGCCGAGGAGCGCUUUUGGCAGCGGCGCCGCCGCCGCCGCGGGACGAGGAAGCGGAAGAAGGAAGGAAGAGGGGCGGGGAAGGAGGAUUGCAGCGGGGGGGAGAGUGUGGCGCAGGUCGUUGCGGCGGCGGCGCCGCCGCCGCCGCCUCCGCUGUCAGCUGAGGGCACGCCCCCCGGGCGCGCAGCGUGGCGCGGCGUGGCGCGACGCUUCGUAGCGCGGUGCGGCGCUGCGUGGCGUGGCUCUUGGUGGCGCGGCGCGGCAUGGCGCUUCGCGGCGCUGUGCGGAGCGGCGAGGCGAGCAGCGGCUGGCGGGCAACGAACCGGCGGCGCGGCGGGCCGACCGGGGGCGCGGGACACGCCCACGCCCCUGCCGCACGGCGCGGCGUCGAGUCAUGAUUGCAUCACCAUCUCCCAGUUACUGUCCAGGGUAGAAGAUAGUCGUGUAGUAAAUGAUAAUGGAUAACAUCGUCACAUCACUUACCUGAAUCAAAUGACCUCAGUAGUGCAGCAGAUAUAGCAACUCAAUAUCAUUGGGUAUUUAAACAUUAUUUUUCUUGGAAUCUUUACAUCACCUGCUAUAUUGUGAGGGUCUUGCUUUCAAAUCAGCUAGUGUUGUGUUUUUUAUCAUGUAUGGAGUGUACAACUGUGCCCUGGCUUCAAGAACUGGAAAUUUUACUCUGAUCUCAUCAGCUAGUCCUACAUAAUGUCAAUAUCCUGAUCAAUGCAAACAAAAAAGAAUUAUUGAUAUACAUUUGAAUAGAAAACAUUGAGCAUAUGUAUUAUAAGUGUUAUUUGAGGGAAUAUGCUGAGAUUUUGGAGCAGAUGACUCGUUAAUUACCAGUUGUCUUUUUCUAAAGGCACACAUUAGUGUGAUACUACAAAGAGCUAUCAAUACAUAACUCGUUGGCAUAAUAUUUCACAUUACUGACUUUAAUAAUGUUUUUAUGACUGCUAUUACAAUAGGUGUCUAGUGGCAGUGAUAAUUAUUUCUGUGUUAGUAUAAUGCUAGAAUGUGCAGUAUAUCAAAAGUCAGGAAUGUGCCUACUGUUGUCUGAGGGGAGAAAGAGAAAAUGUGAAGUACCAGCGAGUGAGCACAUAAAAGUCUUGAUCCUGCUGUGCUUUUUAUUACUGGUUCACUGAUUAAGAGAGCAAAAUAUCAUUUAUUUUUUGAUCACCUUUGUAUUUGUUUCCUUUUAUGUACAUUUACAUGUGCACAUUCUUGUAUCUUGUGCUAAAUAAAAUUAAAUUUAUGAUUGUAUUAAUAUA